AUGGCUACUGCGUCUACUUAUCAGCUGCCUCCACCUCCCGCAUUGUGGUCACUUCAGUCGGCACGAUUCCAUCAAAUGAUGUUGCUUGGCUGGAUGACAAUGACAAUUGGUUGCCUUCGAGGAAGCAUAAGCAUGGUUAUUGUAUGUAUGAUAACAAGAGCUGAGUCAGCUGUGUUGGCUGUGAACGAGAGCACUACGGAAGCACCAUGGCAUCGAUUUUUUCACAGAAAUCACAACACUGUAAGAGAUCAUGUCAUUUCGAUUAAAGCCGAGACGACUCUACACCUGAGAACUGCUGUGGAAAUCGCACACCAUGAAUGGUGGUAUCAUAAGGACCUGCUUGUGGUGCGAUUGCGUAAACGUAGGCACCCGGAGUGGUGCGAUGGCAAGCUCACACAGCUCGGGCACCCGGCUGGAGCUAGCAAAGGUCCCAUUGCGAGCACAACCGCUUGCAGAAUUGCACCACAAGUCAGGUGCAAUUGCCGAAGCGACUGCGUUCGAAGUGGUGCGGCCGAGAAAGCGGUUGCAAUCGUGGUGGGGUCAUCGCGAACUGCAGCGAUGACUGGUACUAACAAGAGUACCUUUGCGGUCGAAAGGAUUCGCAUGCAUUUCUCAGCAAUUUCCAAACCACCACACAGCAUUCCCGAACAGUCGACUAUUCACUCCACUUACUAUUUUGCAACGCUAAUUGGAUUAUUUCUAUCGCAUUUCCUCAUAGGAAGAUUUCAUGCAAAGCGAAUAUUAACAUUCGGUCUACUUCUCAAUUCAACUGGAUCUAUUUUAAUGCCGUUUUUACUAAUUGCAUUACCAAAUUGGUUGACGAUAGUUAUAGUUCGAGCAUUGAUGGGUUUUGGUAAUGGAUUUGUCACUCCCUGUAGUGUCUACAUUGUGGCGAAAUGGUUCCCAUCACAUGAGAAAAUUACAGCAAUAACUGCGCUCUUCAUAGGUUUCCGAAGUAUAGGUCAAAGCAGGAAGUACGGUGGUGUUGAAGAGGUGAGCACGUGUGUUCCUGGUCUUCUUCACUACAUCCUCGAUGCUCUUAUUCAGCUGACGACCGAUGCAUCCACAUGUUUCGUCGAAUUCGGUCAGCAUUCGUUCCGCUUGGCUGAUGCUAGGUGUUAUCAGUACGAUGUCAUCAGCAAAGCGCAAAUGGUGUAG